AUGGCUGGUAAAGCAAAAUCUUCAUCACAUGUUGUUGAAAGAACGCCGAGUGUGAUCAGGGAUGAAGAGAAGGAAGAGGUCAUCAAUCAGAUAAGAAAUCUCGAAUUGGACAAUAAAGUAGGUUUUGACCAACGAGCUGUCGGCCAAGUUUCGCAAGCUGUACGCGUUGAACAAGAGAGGAGAAACGGCGGAAUUCGUUACGAACCACUUCCAGUCACCGACCUUGACAAAGGAACCGUGGGUUGGCAGAGUGAGAUUGACCCCGCGAUGCCUUUCAAUUUUUCCAGGUUGCAAAAAUGGACAUGGAUAUGGCUCCUGUCUGCCAUCACGCUGCUGACCCCAUUCGCGACCUCGAUCCUCUCGCCUGCUAUCAACAUCAUGGAUGCCGACUUUGGCAACGAAAAUUCGACUCUCGGAUCAAUGACUGUAACCAUCUAUCUUUUGGGAUAUGUUGUUGGCCCUAUAUUUAUUGGUCCGCUUUCCGAGAUACAUGGGCGUAAGAUGGUCCUAUGUGUAGCAAAUGCCUUUUUCUGUUUAUGGCAGAUUGGAUGUGCAUUAGCUCCUAACAUUGAAAUCCUGAUUGUUUCGCGGUUCUUUAGCGGAGUCGGCGGUGCCGCCUGCUUGUCGCUCGGGGGUAGCAUCAUCGGAGACAUGUUUCGACCUGAUAAUAGGGGCUUUGCAAUAGGGAUGUGGAAUCUCGGGCCGCUAUUCGGCCCUGUCGUCGGCCCCCUGCUUGGAGGCUUCGUGACUCAAUAUAUCGGCUGGCGCUGGGAUUUUUGGAUUGUGCUCGCUGCAGCUAGCCCAGUCACCCUGCUAAUUGCUGUCUGUACCAGAGAAACAUGUCACAAGGUCAUAAUUGAGCAGAGAACGGCCUUUCUACGUAAGGAGCUCGGCCGAGAUGACCUCGCGAGCUGCUAUAACGAUUCAGGACAGCAAAGUGAAAUGCAGAUUCUCCGGACAAACUUACUGAGACCCCUAAAUCUGAUUGUUUUCUCUCCAAUCGUUCUAACUUUAUCACUGUAUAUUUCUUUUGUUUUUGGACUUGUCUACCUGCUUUACACAACCAUCCCAACGGUCUUCGAGGACAAAUAUGGAUUCAACACUGGCGAGACCGGGUUUCCGUACAUUUCCCUGGGCCUAGGCAAUGUACUCGCCUGGCUACUGUUCACAAUAUACUCAGACAAACUUGUAAUCCAACUUGCACAGGCCAACCAGGGCACCUUCACACCGGAAAUGCGCCUCAUUUUGAGCAUACCUUUUGGACUACUUCUUCCCCUCUCACUAUUCUGGUACGGCUGGAGUUCUGACUACAACUUGCACUGGGCAUCUACCAUUAUAUCACUAGUGCCAUUUGGAUUCGGUAUUGUAGGGCUUUUUCUACCUAUUAGCACAUACAUUGUCGACAGUUACCCCAUCUACGCUGCUUCGGCGACAUCUGCAAAUGUCAUUUUAAGGAGUGUAACGGGAGCUCUCCUUCCAUUGGCCGGACCAUCUCUGUAUGGAUCUUUGGGACUCGGUUGGGGCAAUUCAUUGCUCGGUUUUAUUGCCAUCGUCAUGGCUCCGUUACCAUUUGUCUUUUACAAGUUUGGAGCUCGGCUGAGAAAGGCCUAA